AUGCGUACUGUGCUGGCCUUUGCGGCCCUUUCUUUCUCCUGGGCCAAUGCUUUCUACCUGCCCGGCGCAGCGCCUCAUGACUAUCACCGUGGCGAGCAAGUCGACCUUUUCGUGAAUGCACUCACGCCGAUGCUCGCAGGAUAUGACGAUGCCAAGUUGAAAUCCUUGAUAAAUUAUGACUACUACAAUCCAAAAUUCCGAUUCUGCGAACCGGAAGGUGGACCCGUAAAGCAACCGGAAUCCCUUGGGUCAAUCCUUUUUGGCGACAGGAUAUUCAAUUCCCCUUAUGACAUACGGAUGCUUGAGAACAACGGAACGUGUCGAAUUCUAUGUCUGGUGGACGAUGUGACAGCUGACGACGCUAAAUUUAUCAACGACCGCAUUCGAGAGGAUUAUGCCCUCAACUGGCUUAUUGACGGUCUCCCUGCUGCGGAAAUGAAAGUUGAUCUGCGUAACGGAGACUUGUUUUUCGACAUGGGUUUCAAUCUAGGCAAUGAUGAUGGGCCAUACCUUGAUUUCCCUGCUCUUAACAACCAUUAUGAGAUUGUUCUACGAUAUCAUCAGCCUAGCCCGGAUGAUUAUCGUGUGGUUGGCGUCCUUGUUUGGCCCGCAAGUAUCGGAGGACCUCAAGAAGCUGCGUCAACAUGCGAGACCGAAAAUGUUUCUCCACUUAUUCUAAGCGAGACGCAAACUCAGAGCAUUCGAUACACUUACCGAGUGACGUGGAAUGAAUCUGACACUCCGUGGGCGACGCGCUGGGAUAACUACCUUCACAUCUUCGAUCCUCGCAUUCAUUGGUUCAGUCUGGUGAACUCAUUAGUUAUCGUGGUGUUUCUCUGUGUUAUGGUAUCAAUGAUCUUGCUUCGGACGGUGUCUCGCGAUAUUUCCCGAUAUAACGCCAUUGAUCUUAGCGAGGACGUACAAGAGGACUGGGGGUGGAAACUGGUUCAUGGCGAAGUCUUCAGAACACCAAGAUUUCCUUUGGCCCUUUCAGUUAUGGUGGGUAACGGUGCACAAAUCUGUGCGAUGGUUAGCGUGACAUUACUCUUUGCAUUGUUGGGCUUCCUCUCUCCCUCGAACCGUGGUUCGCUUGCCACAGUAAUGAUGAUCUGCUGGACAUUUUUUGGCGGAAUUGGCGGUUACGUGUCCAGUCGCGUAUACGCGUCCCUCGGCGGUAUGAACAAAAGAAAAAACGCCUUCAUGACGGCGACAGUGUUGCCCACGGUGAUCUUCAUCGUUGUUUUCCUUCUAAACUUCUUCCUCCUUAUGGCUGGAUCGUCCGGUGCUGUUCCUUUUGGGACAAUGCUAACCAUCGUUCUUCUUUGGUUUGGGAUUUCGGCUCCGUUGUCAGCUGUCGGCGCAUACUUCGGUUCUAAGCAUGGGGCAAUCCAGCAUCCUGUGCGUGUAAAUCCGAUUCCACGUCAAAUCCCUCCCCAGCCCAAGUAUCUUCGCCCUUGGGCCUCAACGUUACUUAGUGGCUUACUACCUUUCGGCGCUGCCUUCGUCGAAUUAUAUUUUGUCCUGUCAAGCUUGUUCGCCUCUCGGGCAUACUACGCAUUCGGCUUUUUAGCGCUUACUGCAGGCGUUGUCGCCCUCACUACCGCAACGGUUACAAUCCUGUUCACGUACUUCAUCCUUUGCGCUGAAGACUACCGAUGGCACUGGCGAGCCUUUUUAACAGGAGGUGGUAGCGCAUUCUGGUUGCUCGCAUACGGGAUUUUUUAUUGGGCGUCACGCCUGUCUCUGGAUUCUUUAUCCAGCGUGAUUUUAUACCUAGGAUACCUGCUCUUACUCGCCCUUUUGGACUUCCUUGUCACUGGAACAAUCGGAUUCUUGGCCUCAUACUGGGCGAUUCGCAGAUUCUACAGCGCCAUCCGUAUCGAUUAG